UCUGAAGCUAUGCAUGGAUUAUCUUUGUUUCUGAAUUGAAGCUCGCUUCUGAAGGUGCGUUCCUUAAUUUAAAUGUCUCCCAGUAUAUUCAGAUCUAUGAAUAUUUACAGGAAUUUUAUCGUAUAUACUGUAUGAUUGAUAAAAACAAGUGUAGAUCUAUAAAAUAGCUUGUAUAAAAAUGAUAGGAAUGUUGACCAAUUGUUGUGAUAUGAAUACAACUCAUCCACCUGCAAUGCGCCAUAAUGUGCUCUAACAUUAAUCCCAAUUUACUCAGCAACAAGAAUUGGAAAUUAAUAGUGAACUGCAAUUAACCACACCAUCUGACCACUCACAUUACACUGUCACUUGCUUUGAUGCUUUUCUACAAAACAUUAAAUUACAAAGGCCACUGUAUGAUUUCUACGUUUGGAGAUGACGAAUUUGUUCAAUUUUCUAGCAUAAAAACACAAUGGCUUCGCGAUAUCCCCUUGGUGGAAUCGACGAAUCUCGAUUUGAAACGCCAGUCAGCGACGAACUGAAAUGUUGCAUAUGCUGCAAAGUGUUGAACAACCCAAAAGGAUGUCCCAAUAAACAUUUCUUCUGUCACAAUUGUAUCAUCAGACAUCUGCAAAACGUUGACUUCUGUCCUGUUUGUCGAGAAACACUAACACCAGACACACUGCAAGACCCACCCAGUGCCUUGACUCGUUCAUUAUCACAAUUGCGCAUUCAUUGUGAUUAUCCAAGACGAGGGCGAGGGCUAAGAUGCAAAGUCGUUGUUUCACUUGGUGAUCUUCAAACCCAUGUUGAUGCAGAAUGCGAGUUCAACCCAGCCGCACCAACUUACAAGCGCCCUCUUGUUCGCCCCAGACCACCGGUACUCUGUAGUCCCCGGCUUACAUUAUUCUCUUCUACGAAGCCAGAAGACGUGGUUUCAUGGCACAGUUUAGACGCAGAACCAUUGCUAAAACAUGACCAAGUAGCACCGGAAGCUCCAGGAAAACCAUCCCAGGCCCCCAGUCGGCUCAUGGAAAAACACGAUUUCAUUGUCCUAGGCGGGCGCGGUCAAGACUGGCAAAGUCUCAAGUCUGUAGAAAGGUUCAUCUUUCGUGAAGGGAGAUGGAUUGAGUUGCCACCAAUGAACACUCCUCGUUCUUUCGCGGCAUCGGUUCUCGUUGGUAAUCAAAUUGUUGUCAGUGGUGGUGAUAUUGGUGAUACUAUCACCGACAGCAUUGAGAUCUUGAAUCUUGAUGAAACCCCUCUACAAUGGAUUACAUCCCAAGCGAAGCUGCCAUUCCCGUUGUCUGCUCAUCAGACAGUUGCUUAUCAGGGAAAGUUGAUCGUCAUCGGUGGGUACAAUCACAGACACAGAAACAUUUCUACUACGAUUUCUGAAGUUCUUCUUACUCCGCCUUAUUCCACCGACAUGUUGUGGUUCCUGCCGCAGAGAAGAGCAUGGCAUGGUGCAGAGUUGGUGAACGACAAAAUAUUCAUUUUUGGAGGAGGAAGUACUCCCAUCACCCCCCGAGACGACGUUUUUGUUUACGAUCCUCGUGCGAAUAGAUGCAGUGCAAUGCCAGCUUUACCUUACCCAGUGCAGGGCAUGGCGACGGUUCGUUGGGGAAACAAAGUAUUGUUGCUAGGAGGUAUGAAUGAGAGAGAGGAAGAGUUAGAUGACGUCAUUUCGUACGACACCGAGUCAGGAGAGACGACGAGAUUGCCAGCGAUGAAGCAGAAGCGAGGUGGUUGCUGCGCGGUCAACACUCCCACUGUCGACACAAGCAGUACUUGCUCGUCUGACACGAGCACUGAUACCCUGGUCGCGUUAGCAAGUUUACGAAACCUCAACACAGUUGAAAGAUACGAUUUCCACAGCCACGCAUGGCAAGAUAUGCCUCCCACGAGAGAAGCCCGAGAAUUCUGCACAGCGGUCGUUUCUCCAGUAAAUUUCGAGUUAGAACAAUGAAAAUAAUUAUUCCUAAGAACAAUGAGAUGAGAUGAAAGAUAGCAUUCGUUCUUCUCAAAAUCACGAACAAAAAUUACACAGGAUCUGCUCAACACAGACUGUAAUACAUUUGUAAUAUUACACAGGGAUAUAGAAUUUUUACAAACUUAAGAACUUUUAACUUUCAGAACUUUUAACACUAAAGAUUUAAAUACUGACAUUUAAACCUUUUAUAGUACCAUAGUACCAAUGUCUCUAGACAUUAUAGAAUAGUUUUUUUGUAAUUGCUAUACUUGUACUUUUUUGCAUUAAAAAGCGUUCUGCUUGUUAAGAUGAUAUGUUUAGUUACUGUUUGUUUGACAGAGCAGUUCUGCUCUGAAUAAUAAAUACGUG